CUGGAUUUCAGCUAACCUAACCUCGUUUAGGUGACGUUUCGUUGUUUGUGUGUGUUAAAAUUUAUUUGAAGUUGUUUGAACUAAAUAGAAUAAACAAAUUCGAGAAUCUUCAAAGCAAGUGGUCGUGCAUAAUAUUGGAUUUUGUAUUAAUUUUGUUCUGUUUAGUGCUAAAUGAAAUCAGCAGACACAAUGUAUAACUAUAACAGAUGUCUGUCUGGAGUACCAGUACAGUUUGCCUAGAUUUGGGCAAUGGAUGUGGUAAAAAGAACUGUUUAGACGCGCACUAUAAUAGAAUACGAAGUCAUAACCAUCAUACCCUUCAUUGUAAAAACAUGUCUCUCUCAGGAGACGAAAUUCACAACAGACGCUACCUCUCGUGGCGCAAACUGCAACUAGCCAGAGCGAAACUGAAAGCUUCCAGUAAAACUUCCGCCCUCCUAUCCGGAUUCGCCAUGGUAGCCAUGGUGGAACUCCAGCUCAACACUCCGGAAAAAAUCCCAGGUGAAGUUCUGGUGACUUUUGCCAUAAUCACGACGUUGUUGGUAGCAGUGCACAUGUUGGCGCUGAUGAUCAGUACCUGUAUUUUACCGAACAUAGAAGCAAUAUGUAACUUGGAUUCCAUAAACUUGGUAGAAGAAUCUCCGCAUGAACGGUUGCAUUGGUAUAUAGAAACCGCUUGGGCGUUUUCUACUCUACUGGGACUGCUGCUCUUCCUGGCCGAAAUCGCCAUUUUGUGUUGGGUGAAAUUCAUAGACACUAACGAGACUGCGGCUUGGUCUGCUACCGUCAUUUUAGUACCAGUACUUUUUAUAUUUUUAGCUUUCGCGAUACACUUUUACAGAUCGUUAGUGACUCACAAGUACGAGACUACUCUAUCGGGUAUUAGGGAGUUGGAGUUGCUCAAGGAUCAGAUAGAGCAAGGACAGGUGUCGUCGCAACAUAGAAACGGAGUUGGGGAUUUGAUACAGUCAAUCCAUAUGGUUUAGUUGGUAACUAAAAAGGUUUAUAAAUUUAUACGACGUUGUAGGUGCAGGUGUAUAUCUGAAUUUUAAUUAUUAAAAGUGUCUACAGAAUAUAGUCUUAUCAGCUAUUGGAAAGAAUGGUUUAAAUUUUGCGGUAAAGUUGAGGUAGAUAUAAUUUUUUUGCGCAAAUUACGAAUUGAAACUGUAAAAGGAGCAAUUCUUUUAAUUAUUUAAUUUUUUGGGAAAUAUGCAUUUUUUUCCAAAAAAAGUUUCAAACGAAAGUUGUUCAGCUUGAUAUUAUUUAUAAAAAAGGUCCCUGAUACAUUUUUACCCUUUUUAUAUUCGGAUUUUGUUGGUAUUUUGCGAUGUAUUGGUUUUUUCGUGAUAUAAUCAAAGAAAAUACUAUAAAGAGUAAAAAAAAUGCGACAUAUAUCCCAAUGAUGUUUUAAGCUGGGACAUAUAUGCCUGGUUAGAAAUUAACGGUUUUUAUUGUACAAAAAAAAAGAACAUAUGUUUCAGUAGUGUUUUAAACUGGGAAUAAUUACAGUUAGAAAUUGACGAAUUUAAUUUUUUUUUACCAGAAAGCGAACAAAAAAUGGGACAUGUAUGUCUCAGUCGUGUUUAAAGCUGGGGCAGAUAUUUGUCCCGUCAAUGAUUUACAGUUAGAAAUUAACUAAUUUUAAUUUAUCAUAUCAAAAACAGAAAAAUGGGACAUAUAUAUCCCAUCAGUGAUUUACAGUUAGAUAUUAACGAAUUUUUAUUUUUUUUCCCAAAAAAUCAAAAAGUGAGACAUACAUUUCCCUCCAGGGAUUUACAGUUAGCAAUUAAUAUUUUUUUAUACCCAAAAAUGUGGGACAUAUAUGUCACUAUGUUGUUUUAAUAUAUUGUUUUUUCGUGAUAUAAACACUAUCAAAAGUACAAAAUUAAUUUUUCUUUUUGGCACAAAAAAAUGGGACGUAUAUGUCCCAAUGAUGUUUUAAGCUGAGAUAGAUGUGUUUCCUUGGUGAUUAACAAUUAAAAAUUAAAGAAUUUUUUUUUUCAAAAAAGUGAGACAUAUGUCCCAGUUGUGUGUGAAGCAGGGACAGAUAUGUCCCAUUGGUGAUUUACAAUUAGAAAAUAACGAAUUCAAUUUUUUGUACAGAAAAAAUGGGACAUAUAUGCCCGAGUGGUGUUUUAAGUUGAGACAGAAUAGUCCCGACGAUGAUUUACGGUUAGAAAUUAAAGUAGUUUUUUGCAUCAAAAAAUUAAAAACAGUAAGUGUGACAUAUAUGUCCCACCAGUGAUUUACAGUACGAAAUUAAUGAAUUUUAAUGUCCCAAUGGUGUUUUAAGCUGAGUCAGAUAUGUCCCGCCAGUGAUAUACAGUUAACAAUUAACAAAUUUUAUCUUAUACCAAAAAAUGAUAAAAUGAAUUAUUGUCUCAAAAAAUCAAAACAGAAAAAUAGGACAGAUAUGACCCGUCAAUGAUUUACAGUUAGAAAUAUUGGGACAUAUUAUGACAUGCCAUAAAUAUUAACUGGGACAUAUGCAUCUCAUUACUCUCAUUGAGCAAUAUAACUAUCCUCUUAAAAAGUUUGUUGAAUGUGUAAUGUGAAAUUCGUGUUGAUAAGCAGUUGUUUUUGGAAUAGCGAAACUUUCACAAAGUUUGACCCUCUGUAAAGUCGUGAACUUUAGUUUUUACUUUAAAUGUUCCUAAACGUUUUUAUUUAAUACUUUUUGGGAUAAAAUGCAUAUUUCUAAAAAAAAAAAGUCUCCUUUCACAGUGUAUUUUGACCUAAACCAAUGUCUAAAAAAAUUACUUUAUACCGCCGAAAUGAGAGCAAUAUUUACUUAGAAACCGAAAGAAACUGAUAAGACUAAUUAUUGAAAUCUGCGGAAAACGGAUGUGAUAACGGUCUCUAUUCAACAUUCCACAUUUUCAUUAACAGCGUAUAUUGAAAAAAUUGGAUUCGACUCUUCUUAAUUGAUGAAAUAAACAACACUGUUGUUUACACAGGUGUCUUCAAAUGAUUAACAAUAUAUUUGACAAUAUUGACAUUUAAUUGCUAAAUUUCCAAGGAUGUUGUUACAGAAUUGGUAACAAUAUAAAUUGAUAGUCCCUUUUUUAAAACCACUCAUUUUAAUCUAAGUUUAUGGAAAUAAAAUAGUGAGUAAAAAAGACAUUGCUUUAAUAGUGUUUUAAUAUUUAGAGCUCCAGUGACGAAACCUCUAUAUAGUUUAAAAUAAUAAAAUUAACGCUAAACAAAUAACACCCUAUACAUUUUCUGUUUUACUAUAUAUACAGUAAAUGAAAUCUAAUAUAUUUUGAUAUAUGCUAUAUUCAGUUCAUAAGUAUGGUUGUCGUUAUGAAUUUAUGCAAUAUGUUGGAAGUAUUUCCAACAAUUAACAUUAUUCGAUGAAUAAAAAAAUCGAUUGGGUCAGUAGGAAAAGCAGUCUAAUUGCAGUCUCAUGAUAGUUUCAUACAGGGACCAGAUUCGUAGCAAGUUAUAAGCAGUGACGUGUCCUCUUCGGCUGUAUAACCAAGAAAUUUUUUUAUCUUUUACAACAGUCUUAGCUAUGUAAGUUUUUUUUUGGACUUGUGACCUGCUGCACAGGGGCCCAUAUAUGAGGUAAUUACCCCAAGAAUUUUUAAAUUUAACUUUUUAUAGGUACUAGAUCGUACUAUUAUUUAAAAUAAAUAUUACUACUACCCCCCAGACUUAAACUCUGGAUGCGUCACUGCUGCUGCGAAUUUUUAGUCAAGAUCGCAAAUCUCUUCUCCUACUUGGUUUUAACCUCUAAGGGAAAACAUCAACAAACAAUCAUCGGGGACCUUAUCAUCUGGUGUAAACCUUGAGUCAAGAUAGCCAAUCGCACCGAAUAUCUUCGCCCACUUGGUGUAAACCUCUGAGAGAAGAUAUCCGGGAGAGAUGACGUAGCCUAAACUCAAUCUGUUGCUGGGUGCAAAGAAUGUGUGAGAGGGGGUAUAACCUAACAACAAGGUCAGAUGCCUCCGUACCGUAGGUUGGGAUAAAAACGAACACGAGCCAGUAUACCUUCGACACCUUUUAGAUAAUCUUUUAUCGCUUAUUCCCAAUACCCCCAUCAGGGAAGAAAGAAAUGUCCAUCGCCAGAUUGCGUAAUUAUCUCUGAAAAAUCGUUUGAAAGAGAUUUUUCCAAUCCAGGGACUGGAACUUUUUCCGAAAUCAAAAUUAUAUACUUAAAAAGGCGAAUUCCAACGACGCGUGGAUCGGCGAAUCACGAGUUCAUUCCGCCAAGCUCCCCGCGAUGGGAAUGGACUGGCGCGGCUUGGUCUUUUCAGCGUGUUGUCGGUAAAUUUAAUGCGAGUCAAAGGAAGUUUAGGCUGGCCGAGUCUUGUAGGUCUCGAGCCGGAACUCACGCAGAUUGUGGGAUCGCAUUCACUUGCCGAGUCUUGAUUACCGAGCCUCGACGAGCGCCAGUCUCGCCAAACCACGUCCUAUGGGAAUUCGCCUUAAUUCAAAACCGUUGAGAAAAUGUUUAAAGUAAAACCCCGCAGAAAAAAAAUAAGGUUUAAACUCUUCCGGUUAUUUGGGGAUCUGGAUUUGAUAUAAGUGCCAAUAAUGCAUACAUUAUAAGCCUUUGAAAAAUACGAGACAGUGAUAAUUUGCAAUAAUUUUAUAUCAUUUUCUUGUUUU